AGAAAAAAGGUCAAAAAAUCAACUCGGGAGUUAACUAGCCUCAAAAAUUGAUCAGAUAUGCCCAGUAACAGGAUUGAACUGUUGACCUUCGCAUGACUUCCUAUAACAUUAAUGUUAUAUUAGUACGACGCUCUAACCAGCUGAGCUAACCGGGCUCUAUUACUUUUAGUAGACAAACCUGCUUAAUUUCUAUUUUGAGCGGUAUGAAAUGUUCUUGGACUUGCUCUUGAGUGAAAAGAUCCAGGAGUCGAUCUUGAGGGUUCGCCAUUCAUUACAGAGCACCAUUGCAUAUGCAUGCCUAUUUGUUGGGCAAGGUGGAGAGAUACUCAGCGAACCUAGAAAGAAUACGUCAUGAUGGAUUCUGCACAUUGUAUUCAAUUGCAAUAUUGUUGCUGCUAUCUAUUUGUAUGCUCAUUCACCGUUGCUGGAAUGCAGAGAAGGAUCUCACUUCCAACCCUUUGUCGUACCAAUCACUUGUUGUACAUACAUACAAGCAAAUACACUAUCAGAUACUUCGCGAGAGAAAAAGGAAAACAGGCCACGCUUCUGUCUCUCAUGUUCUGCACCAUAUUAUGCUGCAACAGAGGAAAGAUAUUAAGAGUACGCAUGACCAUGCUGUGCAGAUGUUAUGCUCGAGCAACAAGAAAAGCCACUUGGAAACAAAGGUUCAAGGGAUGAGACCGAGAAAGACAGUAAGACGAGUUGCAUGAAACAAAGAGCAAGGAGGGCGACGAGCCACAAAAGGUAAACCAGCAAU